AUGGGUCCCAAUGUGAAGGACAAUCCAAUGCCAAGUCAUGGUCCUUCAUCAGUGAACAAUAUAGAAGUUUGUCUCAAUGAACAACAUGUUACGAAGAUAGAGGAGAUUCGGCGGUCUUUGGUUGAAAUUCAUUCUGUUUUAUGUGCUCAUGGUCUAUUCCAACAUGACCACCAGAUCUGUGGUACAUGUUCAGUCAAUUCAAGAGGUUGUAGAAAGAUUCAAGAUGAUUUGCAAGGCGUCCUUGAUCAGGGUUUGAUUCAGACUUCUAGACAAGUGAGUUCUCCAGAAUCACAAGAACAAGAGGUGAAUGUCAUCAUUCCUUGCUUCAACAUUCCAGAGAAAGUAGAGAUAGCUUAUCAUCCGAGGGAGCCAGUGGUGAUUUGCCCUCCGGGCCCAAUGCCUUACACUUCAGAUAAAGCGGUCCCCUACCGCUAUGCAACAACUAUUAUUGAGAACGGUAAAGAGGUCGAGAUUAAAACCUUAGCCUCAGUUACCAAUAUCGCAGCAAAUAGCCGAAUGACGCGCAGUGGCCGCGUGUUCGCUCCGCCGGUUAUCCCAAGUAGAAAUGUUGAGAAAGAUCCAAUAGUCGUGGUACCAGUGACAAGAGAAGCAGAAGGGCAAACAAGCAAUUCAACCCUUGAUAAAGAAACAGAUGAACUACUUAGAAUUAUCAAGCUCAGUAACUACAAAGUGGUAGAUCAGUUGCUACAGACACCGUCAAAAAUCUCGAUCCUGUCCUUAUUAUUGAAUUCAGCUGUCCACAGAGAAGCACUACUGAAGGUGCUUGAUCAAGCCUUUGUAGAACAGGAUAUAACAGCAGAGCAGUUCAACAAUGUUGUAGGCAGCAUCACUUCGUGCAAUGGCUUAGGCUUUUGUGAUGAAGAACUGCCAGAAGAAGGAAAGAAUCACAACUUCGCUCUCCAUAUCUCAGCCAAUUGUCAAGGGGAUUCUUUGUCUAAUAUCCUAAUUGACACCGGUUCAUCUCUGAAUGUCAUGCCCAAGUCUACCUUGGUGAAGCUAAAGUACAAAGGGGGGCAAAUGCGGCACAAUGGAAUUAUUGUGAAAGCGUUUGAUGGAUCAAGAAAAUCAGUCAUUGGAGAAGUUGAUUUGCCUAUUGGUAUUGGACCACAUGUAUUCCAGAUCACUUUCCAGGUUAUGGAUAUAGUGCCAGCUUAUAGCUGUCUGCUCGGACGCCCAUGGAUUCAUGAGGCGGGUGCCAUUACAUCCACGUUACACCAGAAGUUAAAAUUUUUCAAGAAUGGGCAAAUAGUGACGGUUAAUGGGGAGCAGGCUAUGCUGAUUAGCCACCUUUCGUCGUUUAGUGUGAUAGAAGCAGACGAAACGACUGUUCAAACUCCAUUUCAGGCCCUGACCAUCGAUGAUUACAAGAAAAGUGAAGGUUCAAUCGCGUCAUUCAAAGACGCCCAGCAGAUUGUCAAGACAGGUCCUACAGAAAUGUGGGGCAAGGUGAUAGAGUUGCCAGAAAACGUUAACCAUGCAGGAUUAGGCUUUGUUGAUGGAAAACAAGUGCAGACUUCAAUGGUGCGACCUUUCAAAGAUAUCUUUCACAGCGGUGGGUUUAUCAACAUGGUAGCAGUUGAGGAGGAUACUUUUGAGGGAAAGACAGAAGACGAAGGCCCCAGAUUUGUGACACCAGGAAAGCAGGAUUGA